GGGACCCACGCGUAAGCGACCCUUCGUUCCCGUCUCCUGGCCCUGGGGGAUGGAACACCGGGUCCGAUGGAUGACCUCGCCGCGCCAGUUCGCGCUCCCUGAGGCCACAGCCAGCGAGGAGAACCCGCCAAGGAAGCUGCUCACCGCCGCCCGGUGGUUAUAAGAGGCGCCUCUCCGUCCCCUUCCCCUCCCUUCCGCUCUUCUUCCUCUCAACCACUCCGGAUUCGUGCCGCUUCUUCGAUCUGACGACGAGCCGGCGCGCGGAAAUCUGAGUUGGGAACUAGCAGAGAGGUUUGUGCGGAAGCAGAGAGGGGGGGAAGCUGACGACGCGAGGCGGAACGGCGAGGGAUGGAUGGGCACGGGGGCCACGGGGCCCAUGGCGGCGGCGGCGGAGGGGGGGCGUCUGCUAAGCUGACGCGGACGCCGUCGUGGCUGCUCCGGUCGCCGACGCGCGGCGCGUCGUCCUUCCAGGCGUUCGACGUUGACCCGGAGCCCGACGACAAGAAGGAGCAGGCCAAGCACAGGCCCUUGCUCCGCCCGGCGCACCACCGGCUGCGGCCCCGCCCGGCCCUGUCCCUGCUGCUACUGCUGCUGCUCCUCGUCGUCUCCAUCCCGCUCCUCGCGCUCGUCGUGUUCGUCCUGCGCGAGGGCGGCAGCUACCUGCUCCUCCUCCUCGCCGCCGCCGCGGGGGCCGCGCUCGCCGCCGCAGCCGCCGUCGCGGGCCUCCGCCGCCGCCGCUCCUCGCCUUUCCCCGCCUCCGUGCAGUGGUUCAUCGGCGAGGGCAAGGACCAACCGGGGAGGAAGAGCAAGGUCAAGUCGGACGGGCGCGUGGUGCGGGAGGGCGUGGAGUUCUACAGCAACGGCGAUUGCUACGAGGGGGAGUUCCACAUGGGCCGCUGCAGCGGCAGCGGCGUCUACAACUUCUUCGGCAAGGGCAAGUACGAGGGCGACUGGGUGGACGGCAAGUACGACGGCUACGGCGUCGAGAGCUGGGCGCGCGGCAGCCGCUACCGCGGUCAGUACAGGCAGGGCCUCCGCCAUGGCCACGGAGUCUACCGCUUCUACAGCGGCGACUGCUACGCCGGCGAGUGGGCCGGCGGCCAGAGCCACGGCCUUGGCGCCCAAACCUGCUCCGAUGGCAGCUCCUACGCUGGCGAAUUCAAGGGUGGUGUCAAGCACGGCAUCGGCUGCUACCAUUUCAGGAAUGGUGAUCGAUACUCGGGGGAGUACUUCGCGGACAAGAUCCAUGGUUUCGGUGUGUACAGCUUCGCCAAUGGCCACUGUUACACGGGAUCUUGGCACGAAGGGAAGAAGCAGGGGUUUGGGAUGUACACGUUCCGGAAUGGCGAUAAGCGUUCCGGGGAGUGGGAUUCUGGGACUCUCAAGAACCCAUUGCCCCUCUCCGAUCCAGCUGUUCAGCGUGCUGUGCUGUCUGCUCAAAGGGCUGCAGAUAACGCCUUCGACCUCCCGAGAGUAGAUGACCAGGUGAAAAGGACGGUCAUGGCUGCGAACAGAGCCGCAACGGCUGCUCGGGUCGCUGCGAUUAAGGCAGUGCAGAACAGAAUAGAUGGCAAACUCUUUAUCACGGAUUUGUGAAACACAUUCUGCUAUGGCGACCUUCACUUGUAAAAUUGUACAUUAGACUAGUGAAGAAGGGCAAGAACUCAUUGCUGAGGUUCGCGACCGGAGCAGCACAACCGCUUGCUCUGUGUCGGAGAGGUCAGUUUAAACCGGCAGCCACCAAAGGCUGUGCUGCCGCUUGUUUUCAUGAAGUGGUUUGAAUUGUGCUAGAUUCCAGUGGUCCUCUUUCUCCUUGCAGGCUGUAAAAUAGUAGAUGGUCCCUUGUGAAUCAAUGGAGGGAGUGACCUUUCAGUGUCAUUCUUGUUACAUGGCCCUACUUCUCCUACCGGCGCCUCUAAGGUGUGUGUGUGUGCAUUGUGCAUGUACUUGUGUGGUCUCUUCAAGUCUUUCUCGUAUCAUUUCUCCAAAUCGAAAUCUGGUCGGUUUGAACCGUGGCGCCCUGUGCUGUGAUUCUCCAUUUGUGGUCGUAGUUGGAGUAUUCUCAUGAUUGACUGUAAUUUCUUCUGGCCCUGCAACUUUGAGUUGUAUGUACGAUCUUUUGCUGCUACAUCUUGCUGCCUUUGAUAGUCUGACCCAUUGAUGCAUCCUCUGUAUCUUUUUUCUUUUGUUGCCAUUUUCAAGAUGUCAAUGCAAUUU